AUGGCCGAUUUCAAUGACUUGCCUACUGAGGUCGAGGACGUCCUCUGGCAACUUGCCCUCCCCUCGCCACGGGCACACUCGGUCGAGCUGCGCUCCAUUUUCCACCAGGAGAUGAGCCUUCAGGGCCCGGGGGACCCAAAUUGCCACAUGGCAGAGAGAAUCUGGCGAACCCUGCAUGUCGUCCUCCCCUCUGUGCCUACCAAGACGCCCGCCGCGCUGACCGUCACCCCCGAAGUCCUCCACCAAGAGAUGACUCAGUUGGAGUUGGGCACCAACUUCCUCGACACCACCAACGACAACAACGGCAGCACCUCCACGACCAAAGAUAAGGAGCCAGCCAAACCAACGGCGCCGACCAACAACCGCCCCCCCACUUCAUCCCCGUCACUUACCGCAACGACGACCUCUACAUCUUCAACUGGGUACCCAUCCCGGCUCCGCCACAUCGCCAUGAUCUACCCAGAGCAGUGGUCCACGAUCCCCGACCUGGUUACCGACACUGUCACCAUCCCGUGCCACUGGUGCGGCCGUUUCCACAGCAUGGUCUACAUCCCCUGGGAAUUCCCCCACCGCGGCCAACCCAUCCCCACCGCGCGCAUCGGCGCCGGCGUCCUCGACCCGCCCAUGCGCGAGUGCUGCCUGUCCCGCUGGGUUCUGCAGCGCUUCGCCGGCAUGGAGUGCUUCUACUUCGUCGUCGCCGGCCUGCCCCGCCCGUCCGCCGCCCAGGUCGCCGACCCGUCCGCCCGCAUCCGCAUCCGCGUUCCCCGGGUCAGUUACCACAACAACACCAUGAUCAUGAACAAUGUCGGCGCCGCCACCGAGGAGGAGGUGGUGGAGCCGCUGCGCGUCCUCCACAGCGCCAACCGCGUCUACUACGAGGUCGUCAUGGGCGAGGAUGCCGGCCCCGAGGUCCGCCGGGCACGCAUGCUGCUGGAGUAUCUGUGCUACACCUUUGCCACCGCCCCCAUGCUGGCGGGCAAUGAUUUUGUUGGUGUCAAGUUCAAGAUCCUGUCUUUCGAGGACGAGGAGUAA